AUGAAAAGUGUGGCUGUCAUCACCUCCCCGCGCAUGUUGAGGAGCGCACUAUACCCACGGAAGAAGUUCCAGUUGGCCUGGAAGAGGAAGUGCCACAAGGAAUUUAUCCAAUCGGAUGUGGUGGCGAGAGCAACAACAACAUAUGGUAGUUUGAAUCGCCCCUUGGGACGUGAUCCGGAUCUUCCAUGGGGAAUCGCAAACAGAAUUACGGCAGAAAUUGCGCGAGCAAUGGCCAUAAAAACCAUUCGAUGCCUUGACACUGCGGAAAGACCUUUAUUAGUUGUGACAACUACGCCUUCGGUAACGAAGUGCACAAGAAUGUGGAAGAUCGACGCCGAGCCACCGCUUGGGGAGGUUAACCUGCUGAAGGAAUGUAAAGAUUGGCACCCGCGGAAAAAGGAUACCCCAUAUGUUCAAGUGUCGGCUAUGUACCGCCAAGUACUUCAAAGAAUUUGCAGUCCGCCAGAACGUAUUCGAGAGUACUCCUUUCGCAUCAAUACGUUGAAAAGGACAGACUUGAAGUUGAAGAGUUUUCCCCGGGCGAUAACGGACACUUUGAUAGAUAUGGUCGAGGACAUGGCAGGAUAUGGACGUGAAGAGUUGGAACAGUUUCGUCAGAUAAACUUACAAGAAUCAACUUACUAUCAAAACCUUGGAAGCACUGAGGCGGAAAGAAGGCAGACUCUGGAUGAUUUGAAAGAAGAAAAGAAGAACUGGAGGCCCCAAUUAUUCAAGUUGCCGCAAUUGGCACUAGGAACAAACCCUCCAACCCGAUGUGAUUGCUCUAAUGAGAACAUAGAGGAUAUCAAAGCAGAUUUAACCGUAGUGACUCCGACCCCUCCACACACCAUCGUCGUCGCCAGUCAGCUCAGCCAGCAGAAACGCACCGACGAUUUCCGUCGUAAGAACAAUGAACCGGUGAUCCAGUCAAAAUCUGCAGCUCUACAACGUUUUGGCGUGCCGUUCUUUGAGAAACUGUGUUAA